UAUUUAUUCCGCCCAUCUUGAAAUAUUUCUACGGCAUGCGUCUCCGGCCUUUGCCUCAUCCCAAAAUCGUCAAGAAGCACAGGAAGAAAUGGUUCCGACACCAAAGUGACCUAUUCAAAAGGCUUGGUGAAAAAUGGCGAAGGCCUAAGGGUAUUGAUAGUAGAGUUCGAAGACGGUUUAAGGGGCAGGUUCGCAUGCCUAGCAUCGGCUAUGGCAGUGCUUGCAGAACGAAGCAUAUCCAUCCUGAUGGUUUUAAGCAUAUUCUUAUCAAUAAUCCCAAGGAACUAGAGGUCCUGUUGAUGCAGCACAGAACGCAUGCAGCUGUCAUAGCUCAUACCGUAUCGAAAAAGAAUAGGAUCAAAAUUGUCGAACGGGCUAAACAGCUGAAUAUUCGCGUUAUUAAUAAAGAUGCUGGGCUGAGGACAGCGGAAAAUGAGUGA